AUGGACUCCGCGAUCUUGAAUCAGCUGUUUCGACAGCUGUUUCGACAUCCUGCCUGCCAAUGUCCGCGGCCGUCCUCGAUCCUGCCCGCGCGCAGACCCGGCACUGUGCGCUUCUCGACACCUCCCCGUCAGCAGUCUCGUACUUUCAUCUCGCGAAUGAGAAGGAAGAUGAAGUAUGAUGAUAGCGAGACAUUGUACUGGACGAGACGGGAGGAUUACCCGUUGGAUUUCGCGGAGACCAUGACCUACCCUCUUGUGACGGCCAAGGACCUGCGGCGUAAUCGUGAGCGGCCGCGGCGCAUAAGGAUGUUGACCAGAGAAUUCAUUGACGGUACGGGAACCACAAAACAAGCGUCUCAAUCUAGCAGGCUCGCUGACUUUGACUUCGUGCCACUUUUAGAUAGUUUAUACAAUCCGCAUUACGGCUAUUUCACCAAGCACGCGACCAUCUUCAGCCCUGGUGAACCGUUCCAGUUCAACCAAAUUAGCGACGGGCCCUCGUUUCAUCAGUUGUUGGAGGAGCGAUAUACAGAGUUUGAGGACCGUCUGGAUCUACAGGAGCCUGAUAUAGCUCGUCAGCUCUGGCAUACGCCCACCGAGCUUUUCCGUCCCUACUACGGCGAAACACUCGCACGAUACUUGGUUUCCAACUACAAGCUGACACUAUACCCCUACCACGACCUGAUCAUCUACGAAAUGGGUGCCGGUAACGGUACGCUGAUGAUCAACAUGCUGGACUUCAUCCGCGACACAGACUACGAGGUCUACCAGCGUACUAAGUUCCGCAUUAUCGAAAUCUCGCCGGCUCUCGCCGACCUUCAGUUCCAAAACCUAAAAGAAUCGCUCCACGCGGCGGGCCACAUAGACCAUGUCGAGAUUAUCAAUCGAUCCAUCUUCGACUGGGACACCUACGUGCACUCGCCAUGCUUUUUCCUGGCCAUGGAGGUGUUCGACAAUUUCUCGCACGACGCCAUUCGUUACAACUAUCAAACGGAGAUGCCCCAACAAGGCGGUGUGGUGAUCAGCGAGUCUGGCGAAUUCAACGAAUACUACAACACGCAGCUCGACCCCCUGGCCGCUCGGUUCCUACGCGUCCGACAGGCUGCUGCUCAACGCGAGUUCCCUUCGCCCUUGGGCAGCAAACUCACCCGGCCCCUGCACCGGGGGAUUGCCAAAUACCGUGACAUCCCACACACUCUGCCCGAAUACAUACCCACUCGCCUCAUGCAGUUCUUCGACAUCCUCAACACCUACUUCCCCGGACACCGACUCUUGACCAGCGACUUCAGCACCCUCCCCAAUGCCAUUCCCGGGCUGAAUGGGCCCGUCGUGCAGACUCGUUACAAGCGCCGCACCGUCCCGGUGUCUACUCCUUUUGUCCAACAAGGUUUCUUCGAUAUCUUCUUCCCCACGGAUUUCGACGUCGUCGAGGACCUCUACCGCGCCAUCACUGGCAAAUUGACCCAGACCAUGAGCCACGAAGACUUCAUGCGUCGCUGGGCGUACAUCGAAGACACGGAGACGAGGAACGGCGAGAACCCCCUCUUGUCCUGGUACAAGAACGCCAGUGUCAUGAUGACGGUGUAA